AUGGAAUGCGCAGCUGUAGAUCCAGGGGCUAGGCAACCGAUCCUCGGCCAGGGGUUACUCUCGCAACUCUGCCUCCAGAUCGAUCGCUUUUCCCUUUAUUUUGGCCGCCACAGCCGGUAUUUGGUGUCCUGUCUCACGGCCGGCGCCAAACGACCGACUGUGUUCCUCUCAUACUUGGUCGCGGUCGCUUCGCCAAUUUUUAUAACCGUAUUGGCUCUGGAACACUGCCCGCAGUCGCGAUCUGGCCUUGUUAUAACGUAUAACGGCGUUUCUGGGAUAUUCGUUCAAGAUACCCCUGCUUUCUUGGAGUUCCUCUUUGGUUCCCGCUGGCUCGGUCCCGUAGACGGACCACCACACUUAUACCCCCCAAUUCUCGCCUUGACGGCUCUUUUCAUUCUCUCUUAA